AUGUUUCCUAAAUCUAUUUUUAAGAACCCCGGGAAACGUGACAUUUUGGCUGGUCUUUCAAAGACAUCUGCAUAUAAUGCAUAUAAAAGAGGUUUGCAACUGAUCUUGGAGUCAGAACCGCUGGAAAACAUCUCCAUUGCUAUUAUGAAACAGUUGACACAAAAGAUACAGGAAAGUGAUGAAGUUAAUAUCUACAGAAAAGAAAUUUACACAUCAGGAAAAUAG